AUGUCUCGCCGAGAUGAUGAUCUGGCAUAUGGCGACUACCAUGGGCAGGGAGGCGAGGAGGGCGAUCGCGGGUUUGUAGGUGACAUGGGUCGGCGUUUUGGCUUUGGCAGAAAAGAGAAUAACCAACACUCAUCUUCAUCCUCAAACCAGGGCAGCGGCGGCAUGUCGUUCUUCAAGAAGAUCCACGACCCGCUUCACGGCUUCGUCUCUGAUCUCAAGGAUGCCAUAUCCGGAGACGACAACGCGCAGAAGCCCCCGCCGGGUACAUACGAACAACAGGGAGGGCAGCCACAGCCUGGGCAGGAGUACCACGAGCAACACCGCUUCUCGAGCUUCGCGCCUGAACGUCAUGGCAAUGACAUCAAGUGGUAUGUCGAUGGAUGCAGCUACAUGUAUGCUGUUUCCAUAGCCCUGGAGCGCGCCAGAGAGUCGAUAUGGAUACUUGACUGGUGGCUCUCCCCCGAGCUGUAUCUCCGUCGACCGCCAGCGAAGAACCAACAGUACCGGGUCGAUAGGAUGCUGCAAGCGGCAGCGGAACGCGGUGUCAAGGUCAACAUCAUUGUAUACAAAGAAGUGACCCAAGCUCUGACUCGUAAGUUUUUAAAUCCAACGUUACCCGACUAUCUUCAUUCUCUUCUACCGAGUUCGACGGACAGGUUCACCCAAGGCCUCACGCGAGUCGGCCUAGAUGUCAUAUUCAAAAGUCUUGAAGAGUGGGAAAAGACAGAUCCGCUGAUUGCCCCUCCUAUUACAGUUUCUUCAGCUCAUACCAAGCACCACUUGGAAGAUCUUCAUCCUAACAUUGGCGUUUUCCGACACCCCGAUCAUCUGCCGGAUGCAGCAGUACUACAGUCGUCUUUCUUCGCAGCCAUGAAAAACAUGUCUUUCACCCCAGCAAAACUCGCCCAACUUCCUGGAGACGGUCUCAAGGCCAUUUAUGGUGCUCACGAGGGCACAGUUAUGUACUGGGCGCAUCACGAGAAGCUCUGCCUGAUCGAUGGCUACAUCGCGUUCAUGGGCGGACUGGAUCUCUGCUAUGGUCGUUGGGACACCAACCAACAUGCAAUCGCUGACGCGCAUCCUGGCAACAUCGACCGCAUUGUGUUCCCAGGCCAGGAUUUUAAUAACGCCCGCAUGCUCGACUUCCAGGAUGUGACCAAUUGGGAAAACAACAAACUCGAUAGGACACAAAGCUCUCGUAUGGGAUGGUCUGACGUGGCUUUGUGUAUCUCUGGCCCGGUCGUACAGGAUCUUCGUACUCACUUUGCGCAACGCUGGAACUUCAUCUAUGACGAGAAGUACAGCAAAAAGGCUACCAGAUACGCCAGACUACCAGAAACUAGCAGUGGAGCUCAACAGGCUCCCAUGCAACAGCGCGGAUUUGAAGGCGAAGAGGAAGGCGAACGUGGCUUUGGUCGUGAGGAGGAGGGCGAGCGAGGGCUGUUCGGACACGGUGCUGGUGGACACCUUCGCCAGAAGAUGCAGAGCAGGUUCGAACAAUACGGCCAAGAACAUGGAUCGCAAUAUGGCCAGCAACAAUCCCACGCGGAACAUAGCUCCCAGCAAGGUGGUGUGGAUUGCCAAAUUACUCGUAGCUCUGCCAAAUGGAGCCACAACUUGGUCACUACCGAACAUUCUAUCCAAAAUGCCUACUGUGAGGUCAUUCGAAACAGCAAGCACUUCAUCUACAUCGAAAACCAGUUCUUCAUCACUGCUACCGGUGAUCAACAGAAGCCGAUCAAAAACAAGAUCGGAGCCGCUAUGGUCGAACGCAUCAUUCGCGCUGCACGUAAUGGCGAGAAGUACAAGAUGAUCGUUAUGAUUCCUGCAGUGCCAGCAUUUGCUGGUGACUUGAAGCUUGAUGAAGCCCUGGGUACUCGCGCUAUCAUGGAGUUCCAGUACGACUCAAUCAACCGCGGUGGUCACUCGAUCUACGAGGAAAUUGCUAAAGCUGGAUUCAACCCUAUGGACUACAUCCGAUUCUACAACCUUCGCAGCUACGACCGCAUCAACUCUAGUCAGAUUAUGAAAGAGGCAGAGCAGCGCAGCGGCGUUUCGUAUAACCAAGCUUCAGAGGGUUACGACGCAGCACAUGACAACGCUCGUGGCUACGAGGCUUAUCGUCCACCGCCCACUCAGGAGUACGGCGUUUACGAGAUGGAUGGUUCCGGUCGUCCUCCAUCUCACGGCCGACCCGAUGCUGGCCCGCAGAGUCAGGGAAGACCAGGUGAUUACGAUCGCUACCAGCAGGAAGCAGCCAAGAUUGGUGGUCGUCAAGGACUCGGCGACGGACGCUGGGACACUGUCAGCGAGUGUUAUAUGCUUGGCGGCGAAGACAUCCGUAGCGUGCCUUGGGAGGGUAGUGCUGCCGAUGAAAUGGACGCCUUCGUGUCUGAGGAAUUGUACAUCCACAGCAAGCUUUUGAUCGCCGAUGACCAGAUCGUUAUUUGCGGCUCUGCAAACCUCAACGACCGUUCCCAGCUCGGCGACCACGACUCGGAGAUUGCGGUCAUUAUUCAGGACCCGAGGCCGGUCGACUCUUACAUGGACGGACGACCAUACCGUGCAUCAGAGUUCGCUGCUAGUCUACGAAGAGAACUCUUUAGGAAGCACUUAGGUCUACUGAAGCCUCAGGAUAUGGAGCGUCCGACAGCCAACUACCAGCCUAUCGGUGUUCCCAAUGAGUACGACUGGGGCUCGAACGAGGACCGACAAGUCGUUGAUCCAUUGUCUGAUGACUUCCAGAACUUGUGGAACUGGAGAGCGCACACCAACACACAAGCUUUCGGCAAAGUAUUCCACCCUGUGCCGAGCGACGAAGUCAAGAACUGGAAGCAGUACGACGAAUACUAUUCCCGGUUUUUCGGACAGGACGAGAAGGCAAAGGAGAACAAGAAGCCAUCCAUGUACAAAUGGGGCCACGUGGUUGCAGAGAACUUUGGGCAGGGCGAGCAAGGUGUACGCGAGGUCAAGGAGGUGCUCAGCACCAUCAAGGGAAACUUGGUGGAGAUGCCCCUUCUUUUCUUGAAGGAAGAAGAUAUUGCGCAGGAAGGUAUUUCCCAGGUUGCGCGAGAUGGUUGUGCAAACAUCGUGUGUACUUCGUUUUGCGGCGCCAUGCCCCGUCUAAUGACAGCUCGCAAUGCUGUCAUACUGGUUAAUGUCAUACUCGUCACUGCGCUGUUCGUCCAUCUCAAGUCUGAGCUCUGGGACAAGAAUGUCGCUGCAGUUGGAUCGGCCACUCUGACACACCUUCCCGACGAACUCUACGACGAGCAACAGCCGGGCGAGGCAUCGCACGAUGCGAAAGAGAAGCCCCUAAAGGCCAAUACUGGUAUCAAAGCGCGUCGGACUGCGGUAGUCGUCGCGAGCCAGAGUUCUGAAAAUGCGACGUGGCUAGAGGAGUACUUCCCAGAGUGGGAGAAGAACAUCUAUCGCGUAGACGACGCGAACGCUCCGCUUACAGUACCCAAGAACAAGGGCAGAGAGAGUAUGGUCUAUCUGACAUUCCUGCUCAGCUACAUCAUCGAUCACUACGCCUCGCUUCCCGACAACGUCCUCUUCAUCCACCCAAACCGCUACCAAUGGCACAACGACGAUCCCGACUAUGACGGCCUCCCGAUGCUCCGCCACUUCCAGCUGCCUUACCUUGAGAAAGAAGGCUACGUGAAUAUACGUUGCGCAUGGUCCUUGGGCUGCCCAAGCGAGAUCAAGCCUCUUGCCGAAGAAGGCGAACACAGAGAGGCCGUGCAUGCUGGCGGACAAUAUAAGAAGGCCUUUGAGCAGCUGUUUCCCGGAGACAAGGUGCCAGCUGUCGUGGGCGUGAGCUGCUGUGCGCAAUUCGCCGCGACAAGAGAGAAGAUUAGGGAGAGAACUAAGGAGCAGUACGAGAAGUAUCGCGACUGGAUCAUGGAGACGGAUCUCGGCGAUGCUAUCAGCGGCAGAGUUUUCGAGUACUCAUGGCAUAUCAUCUUCGGUAAGCCUGCCGUACACUGCCCAAACGCCCAAGACUGCUACUGCAAGGUAUUUGGCAUCUGCAACUUGACAUGUCCAAACCAAGGAAGCUGUGAAGGACGAUAUACUCUGCCACCCUACUCGAGCUUACCAAAGGGAUGGCCCUAUGUGGGGUGGGAGGGCAAAGAACGCCAGCGCGCUGCUUCUGAGCAGUGA